GAGAGUGAAAAGUGGGACUGAAGGAAAAAAAAAAUAGCUUACAGUUCCGUACAAAAGCUCUAGCUAUGGCGGCUUAGCUCCCUCAAGUUCUCCAAAAUCUUUCCUUUUGACUUUAGUUUUUUUGGUUAACGGAAUUUUGAAGGUUUGAAUGAUUGGGCAAGGAGAAACGGUUUCGGAUUUCACACCGAAGAAAUUGGCGAGGCAAUUAGAUUUCACGGCGGGGUGUCGCGCGUCGGGAAAUGCGACGUUACCUGAUCAUCCGAUGCAAUUGCAGUCGCAGCCUCAACCGCAAUGGCAAUCGCAAACGCCUUUGCCGACAAAGCCUCAGCAGCAACCGCAGGAACUGCAAUUGCGGUUGUGUUUACAGCCGCAAACUGUGCAAUCGCCUCAGUCCCCGCCGGUGCCACUAGUUCAAAUACGGCCGCCGCCUCCUCCGUCACAGCCAGUUACCGUCAUGCAACGGGUGCCUCAUCCGGUUCAGAAGCUUCCGCCGCAAACAUAUCAAUUGAGCAAGCAAGAGUCCCCAAGGUCCAGGCCAAGAGUGCAUGCUGAUGCAAAAGAUGGGACUCCAAAGAAACAAAAGCAGUGCAAUUGCAAGAAUUCUCGGUGCUUGAAGUUGUACUGUGAGUGCUUUUCUUCUGGGUUUUAUUGUAACGGUUGCAAUUGCUUAAAUUGCCAUAACAAUGUGGAGAAUGAGGCAGCAAGGCAAGAAGCAGUUGGAACAACCUUAGAACGCAAUCCAAAUGCAUUUAGACCGAAGAUUGCCAGCAGUCCACACAGACCUCAGGAUACUAGGGAUGAUGCACAUGAUGUCCAAUUGGUCGGAAAGCACAAUAAAGGAUGUCACUGUAAGAAAUCCAGUUGUCUCAAGAAGUAUUGUGAGUGCUUCCAAGCUAAUAUUCUAUGCUCUGAGAAUUGCAAGUGCAUGGACUGCAAGAACUUUGAAGGAAGUGAAGAAAGAAGAGCUCUUGUUCAUGGAGAUCAUAACUCCAUGGCUUACAUGCAACAGGCGAAUGCAGCCAUUAGCGGUGCUGUUGGUUCAUCGGGCUUUGGGAUUCCUGUAACAUCUAAGAAGAGAAAAAGUGAAGAAAUCAUAUUUGGUCUAGCAGUGAAAGAUCAAUCAGUUCACAAGAUUGUUCAGCAGCAGCAGCAGCAGGAAAACCAUCUAAGAGAUCUUUUGGCCACAUGUUCUCCAUUAUCUACUCCACUUUCUGGCACUGCUAAUAAAGAAUCAUUGGGAUCUUCAAAAUUCACGUACAGAUCUCCAUUGGCGAACAUCCUCCAACCACAGUACGUGAAGGAGUUGUGCUCUGUUUUGGUGUUAGUUUCAUCAGAAGCUAGAAGGGCACUUGCUGCAGAGAGAAGUGGCAAAAAGGAUCAACAAGCUAAGGGAGGCUCUAUCGAAACUACGGUUUCAUCUAAUCAGAUGCAUGAAAUGAGUCAGAAUGGUAAUGGUGUUCUAAGUAGUGCUACUGACGAUUGUGAGAGUGAGAACCAUGGAGAUGCAAAUAAAAGUGGUGACUGUGGAGCAAAUGAGGACAGUGUGCAAAACGGAAAGCCUUUGUCUCCUAGAACACGUGCGUUGAUGUGUGAUGAAGAAGAUACAAUGUUUAUGGCAGUUGGGUCACCUGAUUUAUUGACAGAUCGUUCUCAAAAUAUUACUCAGAAAUCAUUAAAUGGGCACGAAUGCACAGAGGUUUAUGCAGAGCAGGAAAGUCUUGUUUUGACAGUGUUUCGUGAUUUUCUCAAUCAACUUAUUACUCGUGGGAGCAUAAAAGAAACAAGGUGCUUUCCAUCGCCCCUAAGUGAAAAACGUAGUGAGCAAGAACCUGCAGAGAACGGUGCCAUAAAAUCUGGAAAUCAAGCAGUUGGACAGAAGCAACCUUAUCCUAAUGGAAUUGUGAAAUCUCCGAACCCGGCACCUGCCGAAAUAAGUCAGACACUCUCUGCAGCCUCUUCUGUUUUGAAUACAGAUCUUCCUUUAAAACAUGAAUCGCCCAUAGGGAAAGAGGACAGAAAAAACGUAGGGAUUGAAGGCUCGAAUUAGCUUAGUAAGAGAGUUCUCUCACUGUCAGCCCGCAUUCUUUCUUAUGUUUCAUUAUCUCGCAGCCUUUUAAUUCUUGGAUCUGAUAUUGGGGCCAAUUGUUUGAGGCAUUAACACCAUUAUAGCUAGACACGGAGUCCCUUACCCACCUUCAAACAUUAGGAACAAGUAAAUUUAUUAUUUUUGGGCUUUUUUGUUAGGAAGAGGGUAAUGAAAUUUCAGUUACUCCUUAAGUUGUACUAUAUUUGAUUAAUAAUAUUUGUUCUAUCAGUUGCACAAUG